AUGCUUAAGUUCAAGAGGCUCCAAGCUAACGGGGGCUGUUUUUGGUUACAGUUCAAUAAAGUCAAUAAAGGCCAGUUUCGGACAGUAAAGACAUCCAUAGUCGACUGGAAACCAAUCCGUACUACCAAAACUCCAGAGGAUAAAGAACAGAAGGACAGAAAAUGGUCAAGAAGGAUAUUGCUCACCUUAAUGUGUGCAAUUCCAAUAAGUUCCUUAUAUUUGGGUAAUUGGCAAUUGCGUCGUUUGAAGUGGAAGACAAAGUUGAUAGCCUCCAGCGAAGACAAGUUAUCGUAUGAUCCUAUUCCGCUGCCCAAAAACUUUACAGCAGAUAUGUGUGAAGACUGGGAAUACCGAAAAGUGAUUUUAAAGGGCGAAUUCCAACACCAAGAGGAGAUAUUUGUUGGGCCCCGUUCCAAAAAUGGUGCCAAGGGUUAUAUAUUGUUCACGCCCUUUGUGAGAAAGGAUACGGGUGAACGUUUUCUCAUCGAAAGAGGAUGGAUUAGCGAAGAAAAUGUUGUUCCAACAAAACGAGGUUUACCCCAUCUAUCUGUACCCAAAGGUGAUAAUGUGGAAGUCUGUUGUUUAGUGAGAAACCCCAUGAAAAAAGGCAGGUUUCAAUGGGAUAAGUCCGACCCUGGGAGUCGUGUAUGGCAGGUCCCGGACUUCCCCCAAAUGUUUGCAGUCUCAAAUACUGCCCCAGUUCAUCUACAAGCCAUUUUAGACUAUAAAGACCACCAUUGGCCUGAGAACGAACCCGUGACAUCUGAAGAUACCACCGCAGCAAAUAAGAAGCACGCAUGGUGGAAAUUUUGGACUAAAAAUAACGUACAAGAGAGUCAACCCAUUGUUUCUGCUGCCACUAAUCCCCCUCAAAAUUCUGAAUUCGAAUUCAGUGAAUACCAAUUCAUCAAAGCAGGUGUUCCAAUUGGGAAGCCCCCAAAGAUUGAUCUCAGAAACACACACCUACAAUACAUGUUCACCUGGUAUGGCUUAUCCUUCCUUUCAACAGUCUACCUCAUUGUCGCCUUAAGGAAUUCUCGCGGCAGCGCAGUUUCCCAAACCAAGCUGAAGAGCGAAAAGUUGCUACACGCUAAAAGAAAUAUGUAA